AUGCGUCAACUUUACUUCUUGACAGGUGCAACAACAUACCUGACCAGUGACGAAGGUGAAACACACGGCUGGGUCCCGCAAGAAUGUAUUGACUGGGUUGGAUUGUAUUCUGAUAAGAUACGGAAACCUUCAGAUGCACCAAUACAUUUCAGGUGGAAAGAGAAAUCAGAUAUCCAAGUGGCAGGCAUGGUGGCAUUUUACAUCGUGACCAAAGGAAAGCAUCCGUUUGGUCCGAGAAUAGACCAACUGAAGGAUUUGCAUGAUGACAAUCCAGUGGGUUUAAGCAAGCUCAGUGAUCAUGUGGUCGAAGACCUGCUUUCUCAGAUGUUGGGUCGGGAUCUAGAUGAACGACCAUAUGUGGAGCAAGCCUUGAAGCAUCCUUUCUUUCUCUCUUUCGAAGAACAGAUGAAAUUUGUACAAGCUGUGGUUAACGAACCUAAAUUCAUCAAUUAUGCAUCUGAACAUCGAAUUUCUUUGUUACCAACCGAUUGGAAAAGAGUCUUUGGCCAUGAGGACCUCAACACAUUGUGUAGAGGAGGUCACCGCUCCCCGUCAGAGUAUAAUGGUAGCCGAUAUACUGAUUGUCUUCGAUUGAUAGGAAACACAUGUCAGCAUCCGGAUGGCAAACUGCGUCAAUUGAAAAAGAAGACACCGGCUACUUCGUCUCUUGAACACUAUUUCCUUCAACUAUUUCCAACACUCCCGCUUGUUCUUCAUCAAAUAAUAAGAGAGGAUCCCAAAUGGAAAACACUUCCUGCAUUGAAGGAAUUUUUUCCUGUGAUAGACCGUCGCAAGCGUCCGAUACAAACUAAAGCAUACACGAUGUAUCAGGUUAGUAUAUUUCAUGAUUGUUUUCAUUAUUCCUUUAUUAUUCCCAGUCUUAAAACAUGAAUUGGAUAGGAAGGAAAAAACUAAAAUUCAUAUUUGAAUGAAACUGUUUCUAGCUAAAAUUUUGGGAAAUUUACAGAAAAAUUAAACUUUGAAACUGUAAUUGAUUCACCAUACAAUAUACAAUACAAUUACAAAGAAAGAACAAAAGAAAAUAGCAGAUGGUGAGGAUACCUCAUGA